AAUGUCUAUUUACAAAUAAAAACCCCCCAAAUAAAAUUGUUUUUCCAGACACCAACCUCAAUCGUGAUUGAUUUGUUAGUUGUUACCUCGUAUCUACGCCGAGGUUGAAUUGAAGAUCGUGUUUCCAUUUUCCAUCAUGAGUUUGAUGAGUCCAAAAUCUGAGAAGCUAGUGAGAAGGAUAACCAUUGCGGUAACUGUUACUGCUUCCUAUUUCCUCUUAACCGCUGACUAUGGUUCCCAACCCAAUGCUCUCGACCCUAUUAAGAAGCAAUUACUUUCAGUAGAGAGCACUGUGAAAGACUAUAUUUUUGGAUCAAAAACAGAAUCUCAAAAGAAACAGAUAGGGAAAUUGGACAGCAACAAGGAUCAUCCAUAAAUUUAUGGUCAUCUUGUACAGGAAUAUUAUGCUGAGUCAAGGUUCUCUUUCGGCUGUGUGAACUUGUGGAUGUCUCUGGUCUCAUGGAAAUGUUCAACGACUAGAGGCUGAGGAUCUCGAAACAGUAUUAAUUAUCUUGAGUUGUCAGUACUACAAUGCCAUCAAUUUGACAAUAGCAUCAUAUAAUGUAUUCUGUUGGGUCGCUCAUCCCCCGCCUCCCUCUUUUUCUCUCAAAAUUAUGAAUCUGCAUGUGCUGUUUCUCUUUCAUUUUGUUUUUUUUUAUGUGGAUUUGAGUUAUAAAAUAGCAAUUGGGAAGGUAAUUUGGCCAUCAAAUAAGCAGUUGAAUCACUCAAUUCCAAGGUUCAAAAAGCUGUAAAUAUUUAUUGGCAUCUGUUUAUGAAUAAUAAGGAGAAAAUGUAAGAGUGA